UGGAAGAAUGUCGACCAGAUGAUUGUGAAAAAGCACAUUCAGCAUGCGGUCGUGCGGCAACUGACAAGAGAGGUGGGAGGCGACGCCACCUAUGAGACGGCAAUGAAGCAGGCGGCCUUCCUUGGCAAGAGGGUCAUGACGAAGACCUGCAGGCACAUGGUGGUGGGGGACAAGCUGGACACCGUUUUCAUGUCCUACAUAUGUACUGCUGGCAUGGAGGCAAUGCGAGAGAUGGCAAACAAGAUGGACCUCGCCAAGAUCACGACGCGCACUGUCUGGGUGCAGCCACUGAGACAAGGAUCUAAGGACCAGUCAAAAUGGGGUACAGACAAGACAAGAACAAGACCAGGGCGGCACUACUAGUCCUGCCAUUGGGAGAAGACACAAGUCCAGUCUGAGUACAUAUAUAUAUAGAUAUAUAUAGGACAGUACAACGUCAAGGUGUUACACGGAUUGCUGCUUCGGAGACAACUGGCAUUGGCUGUUGCUGACGAUCACGUUUGUAAUCAAGAAUGAUGUCACGGGCAUCUUCAGAGUCUGCUUCACUGAGUGGGAUAAACUUGGCAGGACUACCUGACAUGGUUGGCACGAGGAUGUUUAUGGCAGCUUCGGAAGACUCAGCGACGGAUUCAUCAUGUACAUCUGCUUCGGCCUCGUCGGUAGCAAAAGCACGCGAGCCUUCAAACAGUCUGGCAAGAUUGGCAGCUGCAGCCUGGUGUGGCAAAGAAAAUUGUGGAAGAGAAGUUGUCGACAGCAAGUUGUGCAGAAGAACUGCAUGGUCCAAAGCGUAAGUCCAAAAAUGUGGUGGUAAUGCUGCCUGAGUCAGCAGGACUCGCAUAUUUUCUUGUAACGUCCUGUUCAUCCACUCCGCUACCCCCAUCUGUUGAUGUUGAUGUGGCAGAGACCCUCGGCACUUGAUGCUUAGGGUUUGAAGAUACUUAAUGAAGGUGGUGUUUGUAUACUCCCCUGCUCCGUCACUAUGAAAUUUUUGAAGCCUUUCCCUCGAUUCUCUUUCAGCUACCACAAGCCACGCGACGAAGAUAGAGUGAGCCAUAUGACGAGCCGGAAUAUCUGCCGUCCAAACAUAUCGAGUAGAAGCCUCGAUAAAGGAGAUCAUAUAGAGCUCCCCCUUAGAUCAUGCUUCAGGUAAGUUGAGGAUGUCCCUGUAGACUUUUUGCAUAAGGGUGUAACGAGUCGAUCCCGGAAAAUGACAUGGAAAAGGUUCAUGAGGAAGAUUAGCAGUUGUGCAUGUUGUGCAGACUGCGGGUCAUGAAGACGGCUUCAUCUCGGUUCCAUCCGGUAAGAGUAAACUGUUCUUGUCAAGAACUGAAGAUCAUAUAGUAUGAUUAAGAAUUCCCGGAGACGGAUGACCUAACGGUUGAUGCCAUAUAUCCUUGUUGCCUUGUGUCCUGUUGAUCGCAAAUAAAAAUCGGCAUUGGUAUAAAAUGAAGAAAUGAUGAAAGGAGAAAUCGCUGGUGAUUCGUCGAGUUGUCCAGGAACGAAGUGGUUAAGAGGUUGACCGAUAAGAACCCCUGUUUUUGCUUCACUACUACUCUGCUGUUUUGCUUCCUCUGCUUCAGUGCUGCUACUGCUGGGUCCCUAAGGAGUUGAGCCGUUGAAAGAAUAUUAAAUCCGAGUCCAGCGAUGAUAAGGACGUCCGUAACGUGUAACGAAAAACCAGUGUCAACAGAAUCCAGCAUGACGCUGCCAAUAGAUCUUGCCAUUAUCGUUUGUCCAUUUGCAACUGUGAUAGGUACAGGACGUUGAAGAGGACGCUGAUGAGUGAUGAAGAGCGUCUCGGCAGAGCACAUGUGUUGACCACAACAACUGUCAAGAUAUCAAGUGUUUGGUCCUGCAAUAACCCGAGCAAGAUUAGCAUAAAUCUGAGGUCAAGGUCCUGCUGCUCUGCUUGAAGAAUCGAACAAAUUUCGGCUUCGGAAAGAUUUGGUUGAAUGCGAAGAAGAGAUCGAACUGCCGCCAUUCUGCUCCAAGGCCGGCAAGAAGAACUGUUACAAACAUGUCCUUUGGGAAGUAUCCGCCGCAUUCUUCAAAUUGGCCGCGAAGUGUACGAGCCCUGUUGAUGUAAUCUGAAACGUUCUCGUUGCCCUGCAUCUGUACAGUUGUCAGUUGUGAGAGAAUCUUACUCGCGGAAAUGGUGUCCUGUGCCAUAUACAGCCCCCUUCAAAUGUUUCCAUGCACAUUCAGCUGGAGUCAAGCUGGUGUGAAGCGAGCUCAUACCGAGUUGCUCUUUCAGUGACAGAUUGCUGAUAAGUACUGUAUAAGCGCUGAGUGAAGCAUGAAGAAAACUUUGCUGCUCCAUUUGUGUUCCUAUAACAGGAUACGAAUAAUCGCCACUGAAGAACGGCCAUAAUCCAGCGGAUUUUGUGAGGAUCUCGAACUCGAAACUCCAGGAGUAGAAGUCA